AUGGAUAUGAGCAAGUUUAGACCUGAGACGUCGCAUGUAGCACAGCAAAGCCUACGAGAUAAGAUGAGGGUUCAGCAAGGCUCUAAUCCGGUUCAACAUUUGGACAACUUUCCCAACAGCUUAAACCCAGAUCUUGUUCAUGUUCGAAGUGUUAGAAGUGAUCAUUUGCUGUACGAUCCAGAUGUUUUUCCUUCAGGCUUCUUCCAUGUCCCAUCAAGCUCUAAUGUUUUACCUCCCCUAAGAGAUGCAGUGCUACAUCAGCAAUUACAAACAGCUCAAGAACACAGGCAAAUUCUCGCUGAGUCACCGUCGUUUUCCAGUAUGUCACGGCCAAAUUUAUCUAAAUUUAGUACUUCAUCUAAAGUCUACGGUGAUUCACUACAUAACUUUGAUGGGAUGGUAGGUUAUGCAAGAGGAUCAACUGGUAGAGAAAGCAAUCAGGACCCUAGGUUUGUUGGGGAAGUCAUGUCAAAUAAUGCUAGGUCAAGCAACAUAUCUGCAGCCACGCAAUAUCUAAUGCCAAAUUACGGGAAUUUGCAUUUUGCUUCUCCUUCAAUUUAUCAGAAUACUCCACAGGAUGUCGUUACUAGUGCUACAAUUGGAACUCAGGAACUUGAGGAUGCUUCUCGCGAAAAUCAAAAUAUCAGCAAAGCUAACAGAGGCUCACGGAUGGAUUACUGUGGGAAUCAAGCAAAUCCUUUGCAAUUUGGUGACGCCGGUGCUUGGAUGAAUAAGCCACUGGUGGAGCAUUCUCAACAGUGGUGUGGUGAAUUGGCUACCCAAGGUCUAUCUCUUUCUCUUUCAUCGAACCUCCCAUCGAAAAUUUGUGGUGUGGAUGCAGUUCAGUUCACGGAGGAUCGGUGUGGUUAUGAUGGCUUUCACUCGAGGCGUGGUGAACUGAAGGAAUUUAAAGAUUCAAAAUCUUCAAAUUCGGGUAAUUUUUGUUCGAUGCAAAACCCAUCUUCAACAGGUAAAGCUAACGGGAAAUCCAUUCAAGACGCAGGUGGAGCUUCAAGUAAUUACGUUCAUCGUCAAACGAUCCCCCUUGGCCCCUUUACUGGAUAUGCUACCAUUCUUAACAAUUCAAGCUUUUUGAAGCCAGCACGAGAGCUUUUGGAUGAAAUCUGUCAUUUCACUAAGCCCUUUAACACAUCCGACAGGAUCUCCGGCGAUGUUGAUGCUUCGGGUUCGGCUGAUGCUUCUACUGCAGUUGAAACGGAGGCUGGAACUAGAAAGGGAAAUAACACAGGGGCCUCAUCCUCUACUUUUUACUGUUCUAAUGAAUCUUGUAGGACUGAGUACCAGCAAAAGAAGGCAAAGCUUGUGUACAUGCAGGAGGAGGUUGGUAAUCGUUUCUCUUUUCCCAUCUGA